CUUCAUCAAGAAGUUUGUUCUUUGCUACCGUCAUAGACAUGGAGUCUGAUCCCUCCACCUCCUCCUCCCCCAUACAAUGGUCACAACCAUGCCGUCAAUUAGAAUUUUUUGAAAUUCUAUCAGCAACAGAAAACUUUGAUGAAUCAUUAGUAAUCGGGAUCGGAGGUUUUGGAAAAGUUUACAAAGGUAACUUAACCAUUGGAGCAAGUCUUGUUGUGGUUGCCGUCAAACGUCUGGAUUCCAUGUCAAAUCAAGGAGUAGCAGAGUUCUGGGCGGAAGUUGAAAUGCUUUCUAUGUUGCGCCACUGUAAUAUUGUGUCUUUAAUUGGUUAUUGUAAUCAUGAACAAGAGAAGAUACUUGUGUACGAGUACAUGCCCAAUCGAACACUUAAUGAUCAUCUCCAUACACUCAAUACCCCUCUUUCUUGGCUUCAGCGACUCAAUAUAUGCAUAGGUGCCGGUCGUGGGUUACACUACCUGCACACUGGCACUGGGAUUAAGUCUGGUGUUAUACAUCGCGAUGUCAAAAGCUCUAAUAUUUUAUUACAUGAAAGUUGGGCAGCUAAAAUUUCAGACUUUGGGUUGUCAAAAGUAGGUCCGGCGAAUCAGCCAUCUACUUACGUUAACACACUUAUUAAAGGCACUUUUGGGUAUUUGGAUCCCGAUUAUUUCACAACUGGAAGGUUGACAAGGAAGUCUGAUGUGUAUGCUUUUGGGGUGGUGUUGUUGGAAGUUUUGUGUAGGAAGCGCGCGGUGGAUAGAAGUCUUGAUGAGGAGCAAUGGGGUUUAGUGACAUGGGUUCAAGAUUCUAUUAAAGAAGGGAAUUUAAAGCGUAUAAUUGAUCCAAAUAUAAGGGGUGAAAUAUCGUCUAAAUGUUUGAAGGAUUUUAUUACUAUCACAAAGAGAUGUUUGCACAAUAGUCCAAAACUACGACCUACCAUAGCUGAGGUUGUGGUUAGUCUUGAGUCUAUAGUGGCCUUACAAGAUAAGUUCAAUAAUUCAUUUCAACGUGUAGGGAAAACAAUAUUUGGUAGAAUGGUUAAUAUGUUUUCGUUCCCCUCUAAGAGAAGUAUUGUCUGUGUAGAUAACAAUAUGCUUCCAAAAAUGAAAGACGUUCCGGUAGAUUUCCAAAGUCCAAGCCCAAGUGUGAAAGAAUUUAGCUUUGAUGAAUUAUCAAAAGCUACAAAAUCGUUUACGUUGAUAUUGGCCAGGGGAGCUUUUGGAAAGGUAGUCUUCUUAGGAUGGGUUGACAAGAACACAUUAGCCCCUUCAAAACCUGGCGAUGGAAUUGUUGUUGCUAUUAAAAUGCUUAAUCAUGAAAACCGUCAAUCACAUUUUGAAUGGCGAGCAGAGGCGAACUUGAUGGGACAACUAGCUCAUCCUAAUAUCAUUAGACUCUUGGGUUACUGCAUCACUUAUGAUCUUAUGACUGUUUAUGAGUAUAUGCCAAACAAAAGUUUGGAUCUUUUUGUACUCACAGAUGAUACUACCAAACAACUUUCUUGGGGAACACGACUUCAAAUAUUGAUAGGAGUUGCCCAUGGACUCGCAUAUUUGCAUUCAAUAAAACUCAUACACCGGGAUGUAAAACUCUCUAAUAUAUUACUCGAUGAGGAUUUUAAUGCAAAACUAGGGGGUUUUGGGUUUGCAAAAUAUAUUCAUGAAACUGAUGAAGUAAGCGUUAGUUCAAGGUGUAUGGGAACCACAGUUUAUUUAGAUCCGGAGUACUACAUGACUGGUCAUUUGAAUAUGAAGAGUGAUAUUUAUAAUUUCGGAGGGGUGUUGUUGGAAACUAUAACAGGCCAAACGAUAUUGGAUGUCAGACGGCCUGAAGGGCAGGAAAACUUGGUGAAUUGGGCAAGUUCGGUCCAAUCAAGCAACAUAAAGGAUAUAAUGGAUCCCCGUCUUGAAAACAACUAUCCCCUACAAGAUGCUUUCGAAUGCGUUUCAUUGGCAUUAAGACAUGUUGCAUACAAAUCCAAGGAUAGGCCUUCAAUUGAAGAAGUUUUGCAGAGUUUGGAACAAAUUUAUGCUCUUUACAAGUAAUGGAAAGAAUAACUACGCUACAUGGCCACUUUGACAACAAACAUACAUGAAAUAUGGUUUAUUUGUAUUUACA